AUGCACAGGCGCCUCGCCUUUCGCCAUCACAUUGGCGCUGGUUGCGUCACUUCUGAAGCCGUAAACCGUCGCAAUAUGUCGUCGUCCUUACGGGCUCUAGCCGGUACUCCGUCUACACUUUGUUCUUGCUGGCUCCAGAGCUUCACUACAUCACCCUCCUCAUUCGCCUGCGCUUCGAGGAGUGCAUCGCGCGUUGUCUUUGCGACACCUGCCCGGUUCUUUGGCAACGCGCCGUCGCGCAUUCGCCCAGUCGAGGCACCCCACGAGCACGCAUGGCGGCAGGGUGAGCGCGAGUCGAGCGCCUCCGUUGUCAUUGUCAUUAUGUUCAUGGUACCACUUUGGUUGUACGUGCUCUCUGCGCAUGGCCAGGAGCAGAAGCGCGCCGCAGUGCGGGCGUGGGCGCUGGAGCACCGAGCAGCACACCGCAAUACUGAGGAUGAGGGCGACGACAAGGCUUAG